AAGGCCCAAAAAGGUCAAGCAGGCCCCCCAAAAAAAAGGCCGAGAAGGCCGAAAACUGAAGGAGUACAGCGGCCGCCGCCGCCGCCGCCGACGAGUGGUGUUUUCUGGUCACCUGCGGCAGCCGUCGUGGUCCGUGAAACGAAACCCCUGUCUUUCGUCCGCGAAAAUUUUCCAUUCUUGCGCUUCCAAGUAUCGAGCCCCAACUUCCUAGAAGACCGCGAACCCUAGAAGCAAGAGACCAAGAGUCGAGGAGGAGGAGGAGGAGUUGGCCGGAAUCCCCGUGUGGAAGGCAGGUUGGGAUGAUUUUAUGAAGUAUGGGUUGUUCAAAGACACAGACUCAGGAAGACUCUGAAUUCAAUCAAUGCAAUGAAGAGCGCUCCCUGUGCUUACACUCAUUUUCUGACUUGUCACAUGUUUCUGCAGCUACUUUUAUGUAUCUUUUGAAGGACUGCUACCUAUAUGGAACUGACAAAGCAACCCCAAAGUUCAAGAUCCUUCAGCUGCAGGUUAAAAGGGUAUUAAAUAAUGAUCCUCAGCCAGGCCCAUUCACGUAUGUUGUUCAAUGCAUGUAUAUUGUGCCACUGCUGGGGAAAACCCAUGCUGAAGGCUUCAGCCAUAUGUUGAUCUCUUCUCUAAGGCAUUUGAAAUCUGUGGAAUCUGUACAGAAAGAUUUCUUAGAUGCAAAGCAUCUUGCUGCGCGACUUAUUCUUGAUAUUGUUGCUUCUAUUGUGCCCCAUGAGGAACGCAUACUGAUAAAGCUUCUCGAGGCAUAUGAUAUCGAGUUGAGAGAUAUGGCUGAUGCAUUAUAUGGUUCAGAGUUGGGUGAUGAAGAUCUAGUGAAAGCAAAAGAACAUCUCAAACAGUAUGUACAAUGCUUAAUGGAAUCAGAAUCUUAUGUGACCGCUGUGAACCUGAUAACACGAUUUUCUAUUCAAUGUUAUGAUGAGUCCUUUCUUACAAAACUGAUUGAAAAUAAUCACUUGGAGGCAGCAGAGAAGUGGGCAGUUUUCAUGGGGAAUGAAAUGAUAUGUUUGAUCAUCCAAACGUAUCUGGAUAUAAAAAUGCUAAAGAGGGCAAAUGAGUUGGUAAAACAACAUGACCUUACAGAAAAGUUCCCAGAUGUUAACUAUUUGUAUAAAGAGAGUGUACUGAAGAAGCUGGCUGAGAAAGGGUGCUGGGAUAUUGCAGAGGUUCGGGCCAAGAAGGAAACAAAAUUGAUGGAAUACCUGGUAUACCUAGCUAUGGAAGCUGGGUACAUGGAGAAAGUUGAAGAACUUUGCCAAAGAUACUCUCUUGAAGGCUAUGUCAAUUCUUUGGGUAAUCAUAAACACCAACGUUAUUUAUCAUACAUUAAUAUCUGUAGUCCUGCAGUUCCAGAGGAGAUUUGUUGUGGGUCUGACUACUUAGAUCUUAAAGAACUGAUUUUGGAAGACAUUAUCUGGGUUGAUGAGAUUGAUGGACUUCUUAAUUCAAUAAGUUAUAUUGAAGCUUGUAAAAUUAUUGGUGUGGAUUGUGAAUGGAAGCCUAAUUUUGAGAAAGGUAGCAAACCUAAUAAGGUCUCUAUUAUCCAAAUUGCGUCAGAUAAGAAAGCUUUUAUUUUUGAUCUGAUCAAGCUGUAUGAAGAUGACCCAAAAGUGUUGGAUAGCUGCUUCAGGCGAAUUAUGUGUUCUUCAAACAUACUAAAGCUAGGAUAUAAUCUGCAAUGUGAUCUGCAUCAACUAUCACAAUCAUAUGGAGAAUUGAAAUGUUUCCAGUCCUAUGAAAUGCUGCUUGAUAUCCAGAAGCUCUUCAAAGGGACUACUGGUGGUCUAUCUGGGCUGUCCAAGAAAAUAUUAGGAGCUGGUUUGAACAAGACGCGACGGAAUAGCAACUGGGAACAGCGCCCUCUCACCCAGAAUCAGAAAGAGUAUGCUGCCCUUGAUGCUGUGGUCCUUGUUCAUAUAUUCCAUCACGUCAAGGGACAGCCUCAGUUUGGUGUCACCGAGGGAUGCAAAGUGGAAUGGAAGUCCCAUAUUGUUUCUCGGGUGAAGAAUUCACGGAGUACAUUACGCUUCUAAAAUUAAGGGCUGAUCAAAGUUGACUGUGGACGUAGUAUCUUGCUAAAGUGUUAGCCAGGAAGAAGUUAAGAAUCAAUCUGUUCAUAUCUUUCUCACAUCUUACAUGAUCUCAGCAGCUGUUGCUGCCAUCUGUAAAUAUUAUAUGCUCAGAUUUCUUCCAUGUUGUGUUAUCGCUAAUUAGGAGCUAUGAGCCUAUGACAGUUCAGGCAUGCAUCUUUUUGGUGGCAAUGGACUUUAUUAUCAGGAAGCAUGAUAGAAAUGUGCCAAUGUGCCAGUUGGAGACGAUUGAAAUUUCAUGAACUAA